AUGGGAGACAACAAUGAACAAGCCAGCCUCACAGACGUCGUGGUGGCUCAGCCCACCGCGGCAGAGCAGAAUGAGCUUAUUGCGCAGCUGAUGCAGCAAAUAGCUGACAUGAGGGUCGAGAUGCAACGAAGGCAAGACACGCCUCCGCCCGGGUUUGGCCCCAAAUUUCUCGACGCGAGACCUCCUACAUACUUCCCCUCGUCCAACUCAGAUCCUGCUCAGCACCGUCCAUCGACAUCCGUGCACAACCCGUCGGGGAACGUCCCAAGCCGUUCCAUAGCUCCACCCCUCCCUAAAAAAACCACUUUUCAAGUCCCUAUCCCAGUCGAGCAUGAGGUGCACGGCUCCGAGUUGGACCAUUACGAGGAGCAAGAAAGAGAGUGGAGGGCGAGGGAAGAAGCGAAGGUAGACAUAAAGGAGGAGAUCAAAAGGGCAAUGAAAGAAUUGCAAUGCACUUCAGACGUCGCCGGGUUAAGCUACGCAGAACUAUGCAUUCACCCAGACUUGAACCUGCCUGAAGGGUUCAAGAUCCCGAAGUUUGAUACCUUCGGAGGGGUGGGCAACCCCAUGGCACACUUAAGAGCAAACUGUGACAAACUCGUAGGAGUUGGCAAAGAUGAAGUGUUGCUGAUGAGGUUGUUCAGCCGGAGCCUGUGCGGUGAGGCCCUGGAAUGGUUCACGUCGCACGAGACUCGACAAUGGCCCAGUUGGAGCGCACUUGCUAAGGAUUUCAUCGACAGAUUCGCAUACAACGUCGAGAUAGUCCCUGAUCGGUACUCUUUGGAGAAGAUGAAGCAAAAGCCCACAGAAAGCUAUCGAGAGUUCGCGUACAGAUGGAGGAAGGAGGCAGCGAGGGUGAGGCCUCCGAUGACGGAGAAGGAGAUUGUAGAGGUUUUGAUACGGGUGCAGGAGCCCGAGUAUUAUGACAGAGUCAUCUUAUUAAUCGGCGCCAAGUUCGCCGAGAUAGUCAAAGUGGGUGAGACUAUCGAAGGUGGCCUGAAGUCGGGGAAGAUAGCCCGAGUGUCUGCAUCGCCUGGAUCUUCCGGACUUGUAAGGAAGAAAAGAGAGGAGGUUUCCGCGAUAUCAUACGGGGGGAGAAAGGCCCCCAGAAACUUACCACGUCCCCAAAGCCGCUCCAAUCCUCCAUCAAAGCCUCAUCAAGCCUACCGUCCACACUCAAAUCAUUCCGGCCACUACAAUGCCGCCCCCACUUAUCCAGAGGCCCAUAUUGUGUCAUAUCAGAAUCCACCCCCAAUUCCCCAAAAUUUUCCCUCCAUAUAUCCAAACUACCCCCAAGCUUAUCAAGUCCCUCCCCAUUACCAGAAUGUCGCUCCCAGCUGCGCUAAUGGCGGGUAUGAUCCCCCUCGCCCCAGGUUUGAGAAGAAGCCCUCCAGAAGCUUCACCGCGUUGGCUGAAAGCAGAACUAAAUUGUUCGAAAGAUUAUCCGCGGCCGGGUACAUCCACCCUGUGGGGACCAAGCCCGUGGAUGUCAAUUUCAGAUUCUACAGACCGGAGCAGAGAUGUGCUUAUCAUUCCAACAUUGUUGGACAUGAUACAGAAGACUGUAUCAAUCUCAAGCACAAGAUCCAGGACUUGAUUGACCAGGAAGUGGUCUCCCUUCAGCCUGCGGCACCAAACGUCAACACGAAUCCGUUGCCAAAUCAUGGGGUGGAAACAUCAACAUGA